AUGCCUUUUGGCUUGACGAUUGGAACCGAGCGUGCUGCUGCCUUGGAGCGGGCAAUCCAACAUGAGCUCACGGCGCGGGGCUACAGUCCUGAAGGAGAUAAUGUUAUGGCGGAGUACAUUACUAUCAUGAUAAUAAACAACAAGACUUCCGCUCAAAUAACCGCUGAAUUGGAAGACCUGAUUGGGUCAGAUUUUGACCACUCGUUCACGGACUGGCUGUUCCAGGAAGCCGCGAAGGGUGCGACCGGUCCCGAAUCAGUACCAACUGAAGCUACCUCCUCUGAAGAGACGCUUGACCAACCGCCAGAGGCGACGCAAAGUGCCGCUCCUGAGUCAUCACGGCGACCACCAAAUUCUGGACGGAGUGGUCUCUAUCACCAAGCUCUAUCCCAAGCACUUCCUUCGGCAGGUCAAAAGCGUAGCGCGUCUGCCCGGUCGCCCUCACCUAGCCACCCAAGCAAAAUAAGACGAACCGAUGUUCCUACAGGCCCGCGAGCCAUGCUCCGGGACGGUCCUCCGCUUUCAAACUCGCGUAGUCUCAUAGACCGCGUAGGUGGUCGGAAUGGCCCAACACAGAAUGGAUAUGGCCAAGACGACAUCCAAGCGCGGAUAGACAACAUCACCAACACUCCUGACGCAAACAUGAUGAUGGCAGCUGGAUACCCUGGAAUGAAUGGUAUGGACAUGAACGCCUUGGCAGCUUCAGGAAUGGGGAAUCCCCUGAUGCUUCAAGAGUUAAUGAUGAACCAAAUGGCCCUCAUGGCUCAGAUCAGCGGGAUGAUGGGUCCGGGUCAGUUUAAUGCGCCCGGUUUUCCGAUGCAAAACGGUAUGCCUGGGGACAUGAACAUGUUCCAAAAUGGGGGCAUGAAUGGUUUCCAGAAUGGACCUCAGGGGAUGAAUGGAAACACGAGAGGACGAGGCAGUGGUCGGGGACGAGGAAGCGGACGGGAAGGCACCGCAUUGGAGGCAGAGUCGACACAGCAAGUACCUAUCGCUGCGCCCAUCCCGACCGCUGCAACGCAUGCCAAGCCAAUACACUCCGCAGUUCCACCGGGUACGGCUCAACAGCGGUCUGGAUAUGUGUAUCCAGAACGACCUCAAUCGCCGACGCUGUGCAAAUUCGGUCUCAAGUGUACGAAUCCGCACUGCCGGUGGACGCAUCCAUCACCAGUUGCUACUGUUGAAAGCGGUGUAGUCACGAGUACAGAAGCUUGCGAGAAGGGCAAAGAUUGCAAGGACAAGGAUUGUGUGAAGGCGCAUGUCAGCCCAGCGGUGCUUACGGCCAAAGAUCAUCCCCCGCCAACUGUUCCUGUCCCGCAACCCUCUCACCACCAUCCUUCGCCAGUACCCUGUCGGUUCGGCGCUGCUUGCACGCGACCGAAUUGUACUUUCUCCCACCCUCCUCGUCCGUCAAGUAACUCGAGCCAUUUUGCUCAACAGUGCCGGUACGGUGCAGGUUGUACACGAGCGACAUGUUCAUUCCAGCAUCCGGAAGGUCGUGUGCUACCGACUUCAUUCCAUCGUGGGCUGUCGACGUCUGCCCCAUUGGUUAACGUUCAGGCUCCAGAAGCCGGUUCCAUGGGAGGACCCAGUCCGCAUAAAAGUGUCAAGUUCAGUAAUCCGGCUGCGGUGAAGGAGAAAUUGGAGAAGCUUGAAGAAGAGAAGAGCCGAGUUGAGAAGGGCCUGAAGUUGAAGGAAGCCGAGGCCGCGAGCAAAGAUUCUAAAUCACAAGUCGCAAUCACUGCUUGA